AUGGAUGACUAUGAAUCAGAAGGUCCCGAUUCUGCCGAAGACCACCGAGACGCCAAAGAGAAAAACGAGUUGCCGCCAAUUCUGCGUCCGAAAUUCUCGAAAUAUAGUCAUCGACGACGUCGUAACAAAAAUAAGUCAACUUCGAAGGAAACCUCAAAAGAAACAUCUCGAGAACAAUCGAAAGAUGAUGAUACUACGGCUACAGUAGAGUUCAAGCACGACGGGAUGGAUAAGAAUUCAGAAGACAAAGAUGAUGAGAAACCGUCAGCUGAGAAGGCAGACAAACGAUCAAAAGAGAAAUUGGAACCAGAGGAUGGUGGAAAUCGGGAAACACGGAAUGAGAGGGAGCGAGAACAAAGGGAGCGGGAAACUGAAGAACCAGAGUGUCGAGAAUCUAAAAUUAGAAUUAUAACUGUGGAACCUGUUGGAAGUGACCCGGAUUUUCGAAAACUCACAACACCUACAGUAGUCAAUCAGGAUGAUAAAAGUGAUGAAAAGAAGAAAAAGAAGGCAGAUAAGGCGGAUUCAUUAGAUGAGGGAGAAAAGAAAAGGUCAAAAGAGUCGAAGAAUCCAUCAAGAAGAAAAAGGUCUGCUGAUCAGAAGGUGAAGAGGAAUAGUGGAAGAAAACAGCCGUCGGAAGAAAGGAAACGGAGAAAACGGGCACCAAACCUUUCGAAAGAAAGUUUUAAUCAAAGUCCCCGCGCCUCCCUUGCUAUUCCACUGAAACAAAAUUCCAACGAAAAUGUUGUCCAGAAAAAAUCGAAAAUCCCCGCCAACAAAAUUUCGGAUUCGGCUUCAAAAGUUCAGCCAAUUGCUAAAAAUCAGCAAGCGCCACCACCCAAGAAGAAAUCAUUUUUCAAGUCCAUUUUCGCUAAGACCAAAUUCUGGAUGCGUAAAUCUGAUGACGUCGCACAGCCAUGUCCCGAAAUUUUCAAAACCAAAGAAAUGUUGUUCAAGUCAUAUGUCAAUCCGGAAUACGAUAUGAACAAUCCUGCUGACUUUGUUCCCGAUCCCAGACCUCUCUUCUCGAAAAUCGAUUGGGAACUUCGUCUGAGAAAUUCGAGAUGCGAACCUGAUUUGGUUUUUAUCAAUAACCGUCCAUUCUGGAUUCAUCGAACAAAUGAUGAUGUGAUUCCGAAGGUUAAGCUUCUCGGUUUCAAUGGAUUAGUUGCUCAGCAUGAACAAACAAAUGGAACAUGCUAUCUGAAAGAACUCCCAAAACGAAUGUUCUAUGAUCCCAAAAAAGCGCCUAUUGAAAAAUUGAUUGCUAUGGAUAAGAUGAUUGGUGUGGAUCCGACAGACCCCAACAAGGAGAAGGAAUUGCAGAGAGUCACAUCGAAUACGUUUUUUGGGACAUGUCAUAUGCAGGGGUAUAGGAUCAGUGUGGAGGGAAAGAAGAAAUUGGAAGAAUUCGAAGCUAAAUACGCAAAAGAGGCUCAACAAACCAACGAUGAAAUAAAAAAAUCGGGAUGUGGAGCUCCAAAAGUGACCUUUCAGCUAUCGAUCACCCCGCCACCGAGUGUUAUUCACCAGCCUAAAGAUCCGAGUAUCGCCGAAAAAAGCCUACGUGGAAGUCACCCACAAAUGGCUACAUAUAACAGAAAAGAGCGUCCAACCCCAGGAUCCAGUCGUGUGUUUGUAGCUCGUGACAUGGUUCUAGACAUUACUAAAAAACAGUCGAAAAUGCAACUUUCCGCAUCACCAUCUCCAGAUUCUCCGAAUUUUCCGAUCGCCAAAAAAGUGAACUAA